UUUUUUUUACCAUUGCUGUAAGAAACUCUCCAAUCAGAAUCUUCUACCAUCGAAUCUCUGAUGAAUAAAUUAAUCCAUUCAUCAUCAAUCAAUCAAUUUCAGAUUCAAACAAACAAAAGCCUUCUCGUGUUGUUUUCUAGCCAGAAACAGGAACGUGAAUUGGCACUCACACACGCCACCAAAUUCAGUGCUUUGAUUGCUCGCUCACAUGCUCUCUGUCUCUCUCUGUCCAGCCCCUUUCUCUCUCUCUACACCUCCAACAACAAACAACAAUGGUGGUUCCACAAGAAUCUGCUCAAUUUGAUUUCUCACCAUUGUUUCCGCUCGCCAUUAUUGAUUCAAUUCGAUUCGAUUUGAUUCCUGUUCAGGUUUUUAGAGAAAAUUAAUUUAUGUUUUAGCUCAAUUUAGGUCCUCUUUCGAAUUUUUGGAUAAGAUGGGUGUAGUGGUAAUGGUGGGAGUUCUUAAUUUGGUGCUCGGAUUAUGCGCAUUUGCUUCGACAUUAGUCGCUCGAGGAUCUGCUGUUACUCUCGUCGGAGAAGGAAAUUCCGGCAAUGCGCCGAUUACGAAUGUAUUUUCCGGUGUAACACCUUCUCCAGUUCCUCAACCAAACGGAAUUCGCGCGGCGCCUCCUUUCGCCUUCGAUCCGACUCCCCCAACAACUAAAGGCUUCCCGCCUUCCAUUUCGCCGCGCCCCUCAGCGUCGUCUCCUCCGAAUUCAAUAAUUUUGUCGCCUCCUCGUAACGCUCCGAUUACAGUCGAAGCUCCCGUUGUGCCACCUUCCGUCGAUUCGCCGCCACCGAAUGAGCCACCGGACGAGCAAGCUAAUCCGCCGGUACUGAAACCCGCACCACGUGCAGGCAAUGCUCCCGUCUCUCCUAUCAUUCCAGCUCCUCCUCCGUCUGGAUCGAUUUUUCCGGGAACAUCGUCUGCUCCUCCUCCCCCAAAUGUGCCAAUACAUCCAUCGCCGCCACCGGGGAACUCUGCAGUGCCUAUCGAGCCAGUUCCCGUCGAACCUCCUCCGGCGAUAAACCCCCCUCGGAUGAUAGCGCCGCCUCCUAUGUCGCCUGUCACCGCACCAACGAAGCGAAGCUCCCAUCGUCACCCGGCACCCCUACACCAUUCCUCGAUUGAAGCUGCAGCUCCCAAAUCAAUCGGGAAGUCCGACGUCGCACCCCCUCCUCGACUGUUUUCCAAGUCUGGCUCGGGUUUCGAUUCUCCGAAACGUCACCAUGCAAAGGUUUAUAUGAUCUCUCCCCCGCCGAUUUUUUAUGCGACGCCUCCGACUUCAGGUUUCCUGUCCGCCGAGCCGCCGACUCCAUCUUCAGGCGAUCGACAUUAUUCUCCUGUUCCCUCCGACUCUGAAGUAUCGCCGAGAAGUCCCAAAACUAGACGUUCGCCGCCACUUCGAGCACUUCCGCCUCCGCCGCCUCAUGCAGACUGCGCUUCCUUGACGUGCCAAGAGCCGUUGACCUACGGACCGUCAGAGUCGUCUUGUGUUUGUGUGCUGCCAAUACAAGUCGGGAUUCGAGUCUCCGUCGCUCUCUAUACGUUCUUUCCGUUAGUUUCCGAGCUAGCGAAUGAAAUCUCGGCUGGAGUUUUCCUGAAACAAAGCCAAGUUCGAAUCAUCGGAGCGAAUGCAGCUGAGGAUGAUCCCGACAAGACGAUCGUCCAUGUCGAUUUGUUGCCACUUCGAAGGAAAUUUGACGACGCUACGGCAAAUUCGACGUUCGAAAGAUUUUGGAACAAACGAGUGGCUAUAAACGCUUCCUUCUUCGGCGAUUACGACGUGCUGUAUGUUCGAUACCCAGGUCUCCCUCCGUCUCCGCCGUUGCCACCAUCGGCUGUUAACGAUAUUCCGAGCAAAAUCUAUCCGAGCCGGGACAAUAAGACACGGACGAUCCAACCGUUGGGAGUCGAUAUAAGCCGGACGCAGCGCAAACACGGGCUUAGUCGAAGUACAAUUGUCGCGGUAAUCGUUUCUUGUCUUGUAGCUGUAAGUUUGUUGUGUGUGGCUUUAUGGUUUUCGAUCUACCGUCAUCGACACCGUCUCUUUCUCCGGCCGGAUCCGACUCCACCGAGCACAAUGCGUUCACUUACGAAGUCGUCGGGCGUGCCGAUAUCGAUGGUCGGAAGCGCCCCGACGUCUCCUUCGUUCUCGUUGAAUUCGAGCAUUGCCGUCUGUAACGGCUCCGCGAGGAAGUUCAGCUCGAGCGACGUGGAGAGAGCAACCGAUUCCUUCAACGAGGCGAGAGUGAUUGGCGAGGGCGGGUUUGGACGCGUUUACGGUGGAACGCUCGACGACGGGACGAGAGUCGCGAUCAAGAUACUCAAGAGAUCCGACCAACAGAGCGGUCGGGAAUUCUUGUCGGAAGUCGAGAUGCUCAGCCGACUACAUCAUCGGAAUCUCGUGAAGCUCAUCGGAAUAUGCGUUGAGGAUCGCGCUCGUUGCUUGGUUUACGAACUCAUCCCGAACGGCAGCGUCGAAUCUCAUCUACACGGAAUCGAUAAAGAAAGAUCGCCGCUCGACUGGAGUGCCCGGAUAAAGAUCGCGCUCGGAGCCGCUCGGGCUCUCGCCUAUCUACACGAAGACUCGUCCCCUCGGGUAAUCCAUCGGGACUUCAAAGCGAGCAACAUUUUAUUGGAAGACGAUUUUACCCCGAAAGUAUCGGAUUUCGGAUUGGCUCGAACCGCAUGGACCGAGGAGAAUCGACACGUUUCGACCCGCGUCAUGGGAACUUUCGGGUAUUUGGCGCCCGAGUACGCAAUGACGGGACACCUUCUCAUAAAGAGCGACGUGUAUAGCUACGGCGUAGUUCUCUUGGAGCUCUUAACUGGGCGGAAGCCGGUCGACAUGUCGCAGCCGGCAGGUCGGGAAAAUUUGGUCGCAUGGGCACGGCCGCUAUUGACGAACCGAGAGCAUUUAGAGGCAAUUGUCGAUCCGUACUUGGGUCGAGACUUGCCGUUCGAUAGUAUCGCGAAAGUCGCCGCGAUUGCGUCGAUGUGUGUCCAGCCGGAGGUGUCGCACCGGCCGUUCAUGGGCGAGGUCGUGCAGGCGUUGCGACUCGUAUGCGACGACGACGACGAUGACGGCGAAGAUCGGGACCGAAGGUCGAGCUACGACGAUUUCUCGAAGAUUCUCGACGACAACGACGACGACGAGCAAUCGCGAUCGGACCGGAGGUUGGUCGAAGCCUUGCUGAUGAGCCCGUCGUCGUUCGAUGGGUACGACUGCCGGUUCGAUGCCGAGAGCGAAGUGUCGCUAUCUGAGCUGCUGAGCUCAUCGGCGCCGCCGCUGCAACCUGGCGGAGCUGCCGGCGGUGGUUCGGCGUCGGGUUCGUUUCGGAGGUACUGUUCGAGCUCGGGGCCGAUCGAAACAAGUAAAGCGAAGAAAGUAUGGAAGACGGUGCGGCGGGUGACGCGCAGCGGCAGCGUUAGCGAGCAUGGCGGCGCCGCCGCCGCCGCCGCAGUGCUACGCCGCCUUUGGCCGGGAUCUCAUUGACGUUGUAGUUCAUGGAGAGAAGUGUGUAUUAGUUUUCUGAAACGACGUCGUGUAGGCGUUUGCGGUGUCCUAUAUGUAUUAUUGGAGUUCUGUACAAUUGUAGAAUGUAAAAUUUUAAUAAAUGGUAAAAAAAGAAUGGUUUUAUAAAUGACUAAGGGUUGUCUUGUGUGUUUGUCUC